AUGAAGCAGUACCUUCGACAAAAGUUGCUGACGGAUGUAGAGGGUACCUGUACUGGUCAGUUUGGUUACAUUAUAUGUGUUCUUGAUUGUAUGAAUAUAGAUGUUGGAAAAGGUCGGAUUCUUACAGGAAACUCGGGAUACGCCGAAUUCAAAGUUAAGUAUAGAGCUGUUGUGUGGAAACCUUUCAAGGGAGAAGUUGUUGAUGCGGUUGUUUCCUCUGUCAAUAGUAUGGGCUUUUUCGCAGAUGUGGGGCCCCUUUCGGUAUUCAUUUCAAAGCAUUUAAUUCCCAAUGAUAUGAAAUACACCCCUUCACAUACCCCACCUGCUUACAUAAGUGAGGAUCAGGUUGUGAUGAAAAGUUCUAAAGUUAGGAUAAAGAUUAUUGGUACCAGAUCCGAUGUCAAUAGCAUUUCCGCCAUUGGUAGUAUCAAGGAAGAUUAUUUGGGCCCACUAUAG